AUCACUGAAUGGGCAAUAACUAACUAACUAACUAACUAUCUAACUGUAGGCAAGAGAGCCUCAGUACAGUGUCUGUGUCCGUAAACACUGUCCUGCUCACUUUUCUGUGGAUUAUAUGUGGAAUUUAUCACUAUAGUUAUAGGAGAUGCGCUGUGGGAUAAAGCAGAGGAUUUUUAUUGAAAGUAACGGGUCGGUCCAGUAAACACGGUUAAGCAGGGUGCACAGUAUGUGGUGGAAUGGAUGAGGAUGAACAGAACCGUUAUGUGACUCAGCUGAAAGAGGAAUUUGACAGUUGUGACACUACAGGCACGGGUUACUUGGACAAAGAAGAGCUCACUGCACUGUGCCACAAGCUGGGCUUGGAUGCUCAUCUACCUCUUCUUUUGGACAUACUGAUUGGGCCACAACAUUAUGCAAGGGUGAAUUUUGAAGAGUUCAAGGAGGGAUUUGUAGCUGUGCUCUCCAGAUCACUAGACUUUUCAACAUCUGAAGAGGAAAGCAGCUACCUUGAGCCAGUCGUAGAGGAGGUGAGCCCAAAGUUUGUGAAGGGGACCAAACGCUAUGGACGCAGGUCACGACCCGAUAAAACAACCUCAGUGCUGACGGAUGAGACGGAGAAGGAUGAGACCCCCUCUACAGGUGUGAGGAGGGCCAAGCUCAGACGCUCCACCUCACUGGAGAGUGUAGAAAGUUUGAAGUCUGAUGAAGACACAGGGAGCAACAAGGAAACAAGCAGGGGGAAAAAACAAAGUGCCAUUCAUCACUCACUUCAUUUUGAGGCACAAGUGUGCUUUCGAGCUGGCACAGACUACACAGGCCAGUUAAAGCGAUGGAAGCCAGACAGCUCAGGAAGUCGGAAGCACUCCACUGGUCCAUGCCAGGAAAUAACAGAUGAGCAGGUGAAAGCGGUUUGGAAGGAGCUGGGGGUUGGCACCGGAGGCUCACUGAACAAGCAAGAGCUGUUGCUAGUAUGUGACCACAUUGGCCUUAAAGAUCUACAAUCUGAGGAGUUAGAUAAUCUCUUCAGGAAACUAGACAAAGACCAGGAUGGGAGAGUGAGCCUUACUGAGUUCCAGAGUGGUUUGUUUAUACAUGGAGAUUUGCCUGAACCCAAAGCUGCAUCCACCCCUGCCCGUCUCAAUGCCCGAUGCUCUUUCUCACAGGACCUGGAGGAGCGUGUUUUGCGCUCCACCUCACCCUCGUUGCUCUCUGCUACAGUGGGUCAGAGACUGCUCACUCGGCUGGAUGAUGGCUCAGGCUGCACCAGUCCCGAGAGUGUCAUCACCUUUUGGAAUGAAGAAGGAAUUCGCAACAGCAGAGAUAUCCUUCAGACAUUGGAUUUCUCUUUGGAAGAACGGCUUAGCCUGGCCGAUCUCACUCUUGCCUUGGACAAUGAGCUGCUGGUCAGUGGCAACGGCAUCCACCAGGCUGCACUCCUCUCCUACAAGGAUGAGAUCCAGUUCCUUCACAUGCUGGCAAAUCAGGCCUGUCAGGAGAGAGACAAGGCCAAGGCACAAUUAGAACAGACUGAGCGUCGUAACCUACAGCUGGUCGGAGAGAUUGAUGACCGCCAUGCCACCAUAGAGUCACUUAAUGAGUCUAAAAUCAAGGAUAUGGAGCAGGAAUUCAGGGAAAAACUAAGUGCACUGAGAAACGAAACGGAGCAAGAGAACGAGGUGCUACUUCAACAGUUGGAGAAGGAGAGAGACAAGCUGAGGGAGGAAGUAGAACUUCUCAAAGGGCAAGAAGCCAAUUUGCAGGAAGAAGCCACUACUGCCAUUAAGGAGAACAGUCGUCUAGAGGAGGAGAACUAUGCCCUGAAAGGGAAGCUGUCCGAAGCUGAAAGCACCAUCUCUAAACUUAAGAAGGAUCUAGACCAUGUACUGCAGGACAAGUAUGAGGAUUUAGAUCCAAAUGGUGCAGGACUGAUAAGUCGAGAGGAGCAUCUCUCAGGGAUCAUAAAGCGGUAUGAACUGCAAUGCAGGGAGCUGCAAGACAGGAAUGACGAGUUGAGCUCUGAGCUGGAAGUACUGAAAAAUCAAGGUUCAGGAAAGAAAACAAGACAAUCAAGGGACAGGUUUUCUGCUCCUACCUGGUCUAGCAGCAAGCCACUAACCACCGACUCUGAUUCUGAUGACCUGGAAUCAAAAAGAGGCUCUUCUCCUAAAAUAAAAAAAUGCACUAAAAAGAAUGCUUUGGGUUCAUUGGAAAGUAUAGCCCCGACUGUGAGUAUUGAGACCGAGCUAGCAAUGGAGGUACUCAAGGAAAGAUAUGAGCAAGAGAUCCAAGACCUGAAGAUCCAGCUGGAGACCAAGGUAAACUUCUAUGAACGUACCAUAGAGCUGAUGAAGCAGAACAUGGAGGUUGAGCGUAAGGAGAUUGCCCAUGGACUUAAGAUAGAAAUUAGUGAACUAGAGGACCAGAAGGUUCUGGCAGAGGAGCGGAUUGAACAGCUAAUUCAGAGUGUGGGGAGGUUGGAAGGGGAACUGAAGAGUAAGAGUGAAGCCAUGGCUUGGAGACCUGAACAGGAGCGUCGAUUUCAGCGGGAGCAGGCGGAACUGGAGCAGAACUACGCCCGUGAGAUUGGUAACAUUGUGCAUCGCCUUACCUCAGAGAAGGACCAGCUGGAGGCAGAGCUUGAGCUGAAAAUGAACCAGGAAGUACUACUUGUUAGGGAGGAGAUGGAGCAACAAAUAUCACAAAUCAAGGCUCACUUCAGCGAGGCUCAACACAGUCUGCUGCAUCAGCUGCAUGGUGAGCGAGUUCGGCUGCAGGAACAGACCGAGCAACACUGCAGGGAAAUGGAUGCAUGGGAGGCCAGAGUGGAAGAGCUUGAGCAAGAGGUGCACACGGAACGGCAACACAGUGCUGAGCGUUUAGGUUUGGAGCAGGCACAGAUCUGCAAUAAUGCUGCUUAUGAAAAGAAGAAGCUGGAGGAAAAGCACGAGGAAGAGGCCCGGCAGCUGAGGGAGUGUAUUUGCAAAAUGCAAGAUCAGGCUGAACUACAAUGUAGAGCAGAGGAGGAAUCACUCUUGUUGCAGAGGCAGUUGGAAGACAAGCUGGAAGAGAUGUGCGUUCAAUUGGAGGACAACACAAUGUCAAUGAAAGCCCAGGAUGCCUUCAUCCAGAGUCUGACCUCAGAACUGCAUGCUAAGGAGAGGGAGAUGGACGUGAAGAGAGAGAGAGAGCAAAAGCUUCUUGGUAAGGUGUCUCAGCUAGAGCGCAAACUUAAUUUUGAACGUGAAAGGAAGCUUUCACAAAAGUUUGAGAAAAACAAAGAGGAAGCUCUUCUUGGCAAGGUGUCUCGGCUUGAACAGAGUCUUAUCGAGUACAAAAAGAGAGAAGAAGAGCUUCUUGCUAAACUUUGUCAGUUUUCAGAGGAAUGGGAUCGCAUGAAAAUUGAUUUGGAGAAGGUACAAGAUGAAAAGGAAAGAAUUCAGGUAAACUGCAAUAAUCUGACAUCUGCACUUAACAGCCAACACAAACAGCUUGAAGAGCAAGGGAAGGAACUUAAUGAACUUAAAGAAAACUUAGAGAAAACCCAAGAAGCAUUGAAAAGCAGAGAUGAAGAUUUGUCAAGACAGGAUUCUGAGCUAAGAUCAGUGGAGAUGGACAGAGACAGACUUAUGGAGGAACUAAGGAGUCAAGGCAAUGUCGUGAAUGACCUUCGGGCAAAGUUUCAAAAUCUCUCUGAGGACUGGGAUCAGUUAAAUGAUCUUGUACAGAAUCUAGAGAAUGCUCUAAGCAAGGAGCAAGACUCUGCUACUCAACUCCGAACCCUACUAAACUCAGAACAAGAAGAGAAACGCCACCUUCUGAAAGAGAACUCCAGUUAUAGAAAACUCACAGACCAACUUUCAUCUCAGAUUGUGGAAAUGGAAACCGAAUCAACCAAGCUUACAGAAGAUCUCAAGGAAAUGAGAUUAGAAUUACAGAACAAAGACAAACAAUUAUUAGAACUCAGGAUUCAGCUGGAUGCCAAAUCCAAAGAGCUAGACUUGCUCUGGAAUGAGGUACAGCAGAAGAUGGAGAUGUUUCAAUACGUCAACAGUCUCUCUGGUGAGGUACAACUUUUGACCCAGCGACUGGAGGACAAGGAAAAGGAGCUGUGCUUCCUAAGAGAAGAGGCAGACAACACCUCUAAUCAGCUGCAGCAGUCUUUGAUGGACUCCCAGGCAGAAAUUCGUCAAGCGGAGGAAGCAUUUGAAUUGGAGAAAGGGCAGAUGAAGGGACAGUUACUAGAGAUGGAGAGACUGGUCAUUGCUCUGGAAACAGUGAUGGACCCAUCAAGUCCACACAGGGCCAAACUUGAUGAGGUUAAUUCUGAAAACAGUGCACUGAAGGACAGGUUGGCUGUUUUACAUCAGGAUGUUAUGAGGUUGGAAGAGGAGGUCAACAAGAAGAGAAAGAAACUCGAGGACUUCGAAAGAGAGUACAUAAAAAUCCAGGAAGAAGAGGAGCGGUUACACAACGAGAACGCUAAGGUUCGAGAAGAGGUUUUGGAGUUAAGUGCGCGAAACUUGCAGCUUAGUAACGAGAACGCUGAGUUAAAUUCUCGCCUCCAGUCUGACCAAAGCACGAUGCAGAUGUUGACUGAAAGGCUUUCUCAGGUGUGUCAAGAACAAGAAGAGACAACAAUCUUCAUUAAACAGCUCCAAGAUAUAAAUAGAAAUCUAGAAAAACAGAAAAUACAACAACAAGCCAACAAGCAGGAUGAAAAAAACUUACUAGAGAAAGAGCUAAAAGAAGCCAAAGACAAGCUUCAACACUUAACAGAGGUUGAGUCUGCCCUGACCAGCCUAACCCUGAAAAACCAAACGCUUCAGCAGGAUAAAGAAAGCUUGAUAAAAGAAGCAGAAGAACGAAAUAAAAAGCUUGAAAAACUUAACACUCUUGAAGGCCAGUCAGCACAACUUCAUUCUCAGAUUUAUUCAAUGUGCAAGGAAAAGGAAGCUCAGUUGCAGGAGAUGUCCACACAACACAUGCUCCUGAAGGAAUCUCAAACCAAGGUUCUGGAGCUUGAAACCAGAAUGCACGAAUUUGUUAAGGAGAAGGAGCACAUGCAGCUUGUUCACAGGAUGCAGGAAGAAACUGCAGUCAGUGCUAUACAAGAACAACUAAGGAGUGUGCAGGCACAAUAUCAAGAGCUUCUAGACAAGUUGAAAGAGUCAGAGUCUAAGCUGCAUGCUCAGGAGUUAGAACUUCAGAGGUUUAAAUAUGAAAGCCUCGACUUAAAAAACAAACAGGCUGAACUGGAGACAACAAAGCAGGAGGUGGAAGAGCAGGCUUUGAGGGCAAAUACUGCUCUAUCACUGAGCCAAGCACAGCAUGUUCGUCAGGUGCAGCAGUUACAGGAACAGAUUGGUUUCAAUACCCAGCAGCAGCUUUCUAACCUACACACUCAACUGACUGAACAGCAGAGUAAAAAUCAGCAGCUGGAGGUACAGCUGCAUGCUCAGGCCCAGCAGGCCAAGACUCAGCUGAACCUUCAACAGGAGCAGUAUGAGAAAGUGAUGGAGAACAUGCAGGAGCGGAUGGACGAUGUGGAAACCAAGCUAAAGGCGGUACGUCUGAUGCUGCAGGAGAAGGUUAACCAGCUGAAGGAGCAGCUGUCUAAGAACGUUAAGUCCGAUCUGCUGCUAAAGGACCUCUACAUUGAGAAUGCUGAGCUCAUGAAGGCCUUGCAGGUAACUGAGCAGCGGCAGAAAAGUGCAGAGAAGAAAUCGUUCCUUUUGGAGGAGAAGGUGACCGCGCUCAACAAACUCCUGCGAAAAAUUGCUCCUCUCUCUCUUUCCACUUAGAAUGUGUCUGGAACAAAUUAACAGUCUUUAAUGUAUAUUAGAUGUAAUGUCUUAUCUCGAAAGUGGAACAUGUUUAAAGCAAGACAGAAAACUCCUUGUGUGGCAAGACACGGCACAAUACUUGCUGAUUCACUGUGAUCAGAAUCCAACAACACGCGUAUAAUUCUCACAGGAAGUUUUGUUGGUGUUAUACCAGGUUCUAUGACUGAUGUGACCUUUUUUUUUUUUUAAAAAAGGCCAUAGACAUUUUUAUGAUGUCUCUUCUGAGGCAAUAAUGUGAGUAAAACAU